ACACGCUCGUGAGAGGGAGAAGCAGACCAGCGCUGCCCUCCUACAGUACUCUCUCUCUCUCUCUCUCUCUGCGCUGUGAGACACCAUGAGGCUGGCGCUAAUGUGCGCGUGUUGGACCCUGCUGCUGUCAGUGGCCCGGGUCGCCACGGAGACGGGCGACGAAAAAGCCGCGGGGGAGAAAGCCACGGGGGAGAAAGCCGCGGGGGAGAAAGCCGCGGCCCCCGGCUGCCCGAUCAGGUUCAAGUCGGCGGGGCAGUGCGGGGAUGGGGAGGAGUGCCCGUACCAGGUCACCCUGCCUCCCCUCACCAUCCAGCUGCCCAAGCAGUUCAAGAUGCUGGAGAAGACCAUGAAGGAGCUCCAGAGCCUGAAGGAGACGGUGAACAAGCUGAAGAGCUCGUGCCAGGAGUGCAGGAAGCAGGCGGACCGGGACAUCCAGCAGGACAGCGGGGAGACGGUGCCGCUCGACCAGCCGGCCCGCGGGGACAACGACGAGGGCGGGAAGCCCGGCGACCACUCCAAGGACCAGCAGAGCCUCAAAAUUCAGGAGAUGCAGGUGAAGAUGAAUCGCAUGUCCAGCAGCCUGAAGAACGCCCGCAGCCAGAUCAACACCCUGCAGGGGCGACUGGAGGGGCUCAACCUCAUCAACAUGGACAACGUCAACUCCAUCGUGGAAACCAAGGUGGCCAACAUAACCACGGUCAUCAACAACCUCAACAGCAAGUGCUCCAGUGCGUGCCCGGUUGUGACAUCUCCUCAGUUCCUCAUAGCGCCCAGAGACUGCUCCGACUACAACAUGAUGGUGGAGAAAAAGAACGGGGUGUACUCAGUGACGCCCGACCCCCGGAGCGGCACCUUCAAAGUGUACUGCGACAUGGAGUCCUACGGCGGGGGGUGGACCGUGGUGCAGAGGCGCAUCAACGGGAGCGUCAGCUUCAACCGCACCUGGGCCGAGUACAAGAAGGGCUUCGGCAACCUCCUGGGGGAGUUCUGGCUAGGCAACGACCAGAUUCACCAGCUGACCAAGGCCAAGGACAUGGUCCUCCGCAUCGAGCUGGAGGACUUCCGGGGCGUCCGGGAGUACGCCAAGUACGACCGCUUCUACGUUUCCAACGAGUUCCUCCGCUACCGCCUGACGGUCAGCGGCUAUUCUGGCACUGCCGGAGACGCCUUGCACUUCAACAAGCACUACGACCACGACCAGAAGUUCUUCACCACCCCGGACAAGGACAAUGACAUGUAUCCGUCCGGCAACUGCGGGGCCUACUACAGCUCCGGAUGGUGGUUCGACGCUUGCAUGUCAGCCAAUCUCAACGGCAAAUACUACAAGGAGAAAUACAAAGGGGUGCGCAAUGGCAUCUUCUGGGGCACGUGGCACAACAUGACGCAGGAAUACUACCCCACCAAUUUCAGAAAUCCUUUCAAGACUGUCAAAAUGAUGAUCAGACCAAAGAACUAUGCACCGUGAAGCACUCACACUCUGCUGGUGACCUGAAAAAAAGGAGGUCAACCUGGUCCUUUAAGGGCCUUCUACCACUCUGCUUCCUGCUGAACGUAAAGAAAUAUUUAUACAGUGAGAGCAAGUGCUAAAGGCACGUUUCCACUGAUACUCUCACCAGCUUCCAAUACAAAAACCAUUUCUUUCAUCAAGUAUCAAUAUUAGAGGUUUUCAAACCGAAUCCACAAGAACAUGAACAAUGUACUUGCACUGAUGAUCAGUAACAAAACUGAUAUACAAAAGUCAACAGGAAUAAAGCUACUUUGAUUGAUCGCAUUAAGAUUCAGUUUUUAAGUUACCUGAUCUUCUGCAACUUCAGCCCAAUGUUACCUGAACUUGCAUAGAAUGCAUAGAAACUUAGCUUAAGAAAACAAAGGAGCUUUGCUUAUGUACUGUGCCGUUAUGAUCAUUACCUUACACAACCUGGCUCAACUGAAAAUGUUGUGAAAUGUUGUGCGGUGUGUAUGAUACUGCCUCCUGGCUUUAGACAGUUUUAUUACACCAUAUUCCUUUUAGGUCAGGUUGAGAAUUAUGAGAAUGUAGUGAACAGAGGGAAAUGUACAGUAUUUAUUGUGAAAGCUAAAUAGCACUGUAAUUAAUAUAUAAGAUUAUAUCUUUGUGCUUUGAAUUGCUGGAGAAAACUUUGAAAGAUAUAGGCCUAUUAUGAACUCAACCACUGUCAUCUCUUCUGUUUGACUCAAACUGAGGUAAAUGAUCGGUGUACAGUGUAAUACUGUACUGAAGAUCAGAUUGUGUAUAUUGGAGCUUUUCUACUACCUGAAACCGUUGUAUUAAAAUGUAUGUAUUUUUUAAAUGAAAAUCUAAUAAAUGUGUUUUCUAUUA